AGUGACAGAUAAUAAAUGGAACCGUCUGAUCAUCAUUGGAACCCAAAACGCAAACACGGCGGUGGUGGUGGGUCAGCUGGUGAGAGAGUGGCACGCGAUCCCUUCGGCUUAAGUCAGUCGUUGACGAAUCAAUACAUACACAAAAGACGAUGAGGACCGGCGGCGCCACCGUCUCCCUCCUCCUCCUCCUCUACCUUCAGUUUCCACUUCAAUUCAUUCUCGCUUUCAAUUCUUCCUUUCUCAACGACGACACCCAAAUCCUGCAGGAGGUGUUGAAGCAAAUCUCGGCCAAGCACAAGUGGGAUUUGCGGGACGUCAGGGUCUCGAGGCUGGAUGUGGACAGGGUCCGAUUCGGGAGCGCCCAGCGGUACGAAUUUCGGGUCGGAUUCGGGAAGAUCCACGUUGGCGUCUUGUUCUCGGACGACGUUGCCUCCUGGAAGAAGUUCAGGAAACCCAGAACCCAUUUGAGCUCUCUCGUUCAGGACCUCAGCUCCAUGGCGGUUGUCGACACCUUCGAAGUGGAGGGUCCGUUUGAGUUGCGGGUUGGCGGCGCUCACGAGCUCUCGCUUUCAUUGCCGAUGAACGCUACAUAUAGUGGGUUGAAAAGGAUUCUUGUUGGUGAAGGCAUAACUGUGGAGGUAAGCAGAGCGAUCGAAGUCUCUGUGUUUCAUGCGUCUGAUCUUGGUUUAUCAGCGAAUGGCAGUGGUACUGUUAAGAAGGAGAGAAGCGAGUUUUGGUCCAUUGGGCAUUCGUACUGUGCACCAUUAGUUCCAAUUCGUGUUUUAGGGCCGGCAAAGUUGGUUGCAUACAAGACUCGAAAUCAUAAUGCUCACAUUGAAACUAAUUUUAUAUCCAAGGAGAUAGUUGAAUUGUUGCCAGAGAAGUGCUACAGAAGUCAAGCAUACAAGAAGCGGCCUUGCCCCAUUGGUUCUUUAAGUUUGAGGAUCUCCAUGCUGGAAAGGAUUUGGAAAGGCUUUCUUGGGGAUAGAAUGCGCCAGAACCGUUCGUCGGGAUUUGUUGAAGGAAAAAUCAAAGCCUCAACUAUUGUCCGCUUCAAGGUUGAGCUGGAAAGGGAUUUUCGGAGGAUUGGUGCGCUCCAUGACAAGGAAAGGUGGAGAACCAGGCCAACUGUUGAACGGGUUUGGUUUGAAGUUUUGGCGAGAGUUGAGUUAGAGAGGGUUAAGCCUCUCUUUGUUAAAAAGAUUAGGCCCCUUGUUGUAGCCGAUUCAGUUGCAUGGAGUAGUUUGACGUCAAAUAUUUCCUUUACCAAGUCCGGACCUUUCCUUGUCCCUCCAGAGGCGUUAACACUGGAUGUGAAGUGGUAGAGUAAACUUGUUGUAAAGUAUUCUUGUUUGAGAAUGUUUUGCAGAUUAAGGCGACAAUGCGUUGUUUGUGCCCUUGCUCUUCUUCGAUAUGAUGGAUGAAACAGUACAUGUCAAUUGUUAGGUAACACGCUCGAUUGCUCCUGUAAAUAAAUUGUUAUUAAGAACAAACGUUAUACAUAUUGAUGACUUGAUACUA